CAACGUUCAACACUUUGGACCCGCCAUCGCUUCCUCGACGCAUUGUCUGCCCGCGCAUUGCAUUCUUCCCGCUCACCUCCAAGCGCUCCCAUACAUCGACAUACCGACCUCGUCAUCAGCAGCCGCCGGAGCGAGAUUGGCGCGCCGCAUAGCAUGCAGCUUCGCAAGGCCGCAAGAGUCAUCCUCGUCGGUGCGCCCGGCGUCGGCAAGGGCACCCAGAGCGAGCGCCUGCUCAAGCGCUUCCCCCAGCUCCAGUCCAUCAGCACCGGCGACCUCUUGCGGCACAAUGUCAAGACGCGCACGCCGCUCGGCAUCAUGGCCGAAAACACCAUCAAGACGGGCGGUCUCGUCGCCGACGACCUCAUGCUGCGCCUCAUCUCCGGCGAACUGCGCACCCGCGGCUGGCUGGGCGAUGGCCCCGUCAUGACGCUCGCCUCCGAGGCCACGACGGCGCCCGAGUCGCGCGAGCUCGACGACUUUGGCGCGUGGCCCGUCGCGUCCCACGGCGGCGGCAGCGCGCAGCCCUCCGAAGACCCCUCGGCCUCCUUCAUCCUCGACGGCUAUCCCCGCACCGCCGCGCAAGCCACGACGCUCGACACCAUCAUCCCCAUCAACCUCGCCGUCUCCAUCAAGACGCCCUUCUCCGUCAUCCUCGAGCGCAUCGCCGGCCGCUGGGUCCACGAGCCCUCGGGCCGCGUCUACAACACCACGUUCAACGCCCCGCGGGUGCCGGGGCGCGACGACGUCACCGGCGAGGCCCUCGUCCAGCGGCCCGACGACACCGAGGAGGUCUAUCGCGCGCGCUUCCGCCGCUUCCAGGAGACGAGCGAGCCCCUGCUCGAGCACUACGCCAACAAGGGCGUGCUGCUCGAGGUCGAGGGGCUCAGCAGCGACGAGAUUUCGCCCAAGCUAUACCGCGAGUUUGAGAAGCGUUUCGUCGGGUGACUGGUGCUUUCUUGCUUCAUUUUUGUGUAUGAUCGGGUUCCUACGGCGUCUUGUUCUUGGAUUCGGAGUUGUGGCACGCGGCCCCAGGCCACUGGCGAUGCCCGGCGUUAUUGUCAAUGUCUAUAUUCUUCAUACCCUCUCAAUACGAACUGCGCGACCGACGUUGCCUCGGCUGUCUCGUCUCAAUCCUCGAGUGCUGCCCGUCUAGUGCCGGUGGGCAUCACAUGGUUGACUGCGGAUGCCCCACCCGCACAUGCGGGCUGCGGGGGUUGAUGGCGCCAAAUUGCCGAGCACGAAACGACGGCAGCCAACGAUCCGAAUUCGUGACAGUAGCGAGCUGGGGUUUCCGUCCAUGCAUCCUUUCUGGCCAAGCUCUGCGACGCGAUGGCCGUGGUGCGUUCUCCGGCGAGCCGAG